AUGCAACGCCUGCCUGAUAUUCACAAGACUGAGAUUUCGAGCGCAGGAAUAGCUUAUCAGUUUCCCUAUUGGUUUUCUACAGCAUUUUCAAAGAUCCUUGUCACUGAAAUCCCGCUUUCUGACCGGCGCUACACUUGGACAAAUAAGCAGACUUUCCCAAUCCUUGCUAAACUAGACCGGGCUUUCACUAAUGUGGCGCUCGACCUAGCUUUCCCGCUGACUUCGCUCUCCUCUCUGCCGAGGCCAACCUCUGACCACACUCCCUUACUGCUUUCUCUAUCUUCCAACAUCCCGAGGGAAAACUACUUCAAACUUGAUAACUUCCUCAUAAAAAACAACAGCUUCCUUUCCUCAGUCCUCCAAGGUUGGCAUCACUCGCCGCCUUGCACUGAUGCAGCGGGUAAACUGGUGGCGUGCGUCAAGGCAGCACGGGCUGCGGCAAAGGUUUGGAAGCGGCGUUUCAGGGCGCCCCCACAACUCAACCAAAACUGCCAAUUCAUUAUUCAGUUGUUUGACUACUUCGAAGAAAACCGCUCUCUCUCUCUUCUAGAGUUUCAGGUUAGAAACAAGGCCAGGGACAAACUGCAAGAACAAAUCAAGAUCAGGGCCAGUUACUGGAGGCAGCGAAGCAAAGAAAGGAGAGUAAAAGAAAUGGACUGCAACACGGCCUUUCACCACGCUCGAGCAUCUAUCAGGAUGAGGAAAAAGUUCAUCCGGAUGGUGAAAGUGGAUGAACAAGAGAUUGUCAGCCACUCCGGAAAGACUGAAGCUCUGACUGCCUUCUUUAGAUCCAUUAUCGGCGUCCCCGGCCACUCAGCUUCGUUCGAUCUGGAAGGGAUUUACGCUGACUCUCCGACCCCGGCAGCCAACCUAACCAGAGAGUUCUCUGAACAAAAACUGAAGCAGGCAGUCAUGGCCAUGAACUGCAUCAGCGCGCCUGGGCCGGAUGGAUUCGGCCCCUUGUUCUUCAGAGUUGCCUGGCCGUCCAUCAGAUGCACCAUUUUGCAGUUCGCUGAGGCUUUCCAUGCGGGCGUCGCCGAGCUGGAGAGAAUAAAUAGGUCACACAUGGUACUUCUGCCAAAGAAACCAGAUGCCGUCGACGUCAAUGCUUUCAGGCCAAUCUGUCUUCAAAAUUGUGCUCUUAAGAUCAUUUCCAAGGCCUUAACAACCAGGCUUCAGGCAGAAAUCCCGAAGCUCAUCGAUCUGCACCAGUCUGGGUUCGUCAAAGGAAGAUCUAUUUCAGAGAAUUUCGUGUAUGCUCUGGAGCUAGUCCAAACCUGCCACAAACGUAAAAAGGCUACAAUCGUCUUGAAGCUCGACUUUGCCAAAGCUUUUGACACUGUCAAUUGGGAUGGCCUGCAGAGCGUUCUGCACGCAAGAGGCUUCAACCACACUUGGACUCAGUGGAUGAUGAGUCUGCUGUCUACCAAAUCAGCUGUACUAGUAAACGGUUCUCCAGGGCCAUGGAUAAACUGUAAGCGGGGUCUGAGGCAAGGAGACCCGCUUUUCCCCUAUCUUUUCAUUCUAGUUGCAGAAACUCUCCAACGCAUGAUCAGAGCUACAGUACAGAUUAGGCAUCCAACUGAUGAUGAGUUGCCUUGCGCGGUCUUGCAGUAUGCUGACGACACACUGGUGAUCUUCAGGGCCGACCCUGAGGCGGCAUCAACUCUAAAGCACAUAUUAGAUCAGUUUGCAGCUUUCAGCGGGCUACAAAUAAACUUUGACAAGAGCACUCUGGUACCUAUUCAUGUCCCAGACCAUGUGGUUGGUCAGUGCGUCCAAUCUCUUGGAUGCAGCCAGGGUUCCUUCCCCCAGCAGUACCUGGGGCUACCACUAUCUGCAACCAAGCUGCCGGUUUCCAGCUUCCAGAUUUACAUUCACAAGGCAGACAGGUUCCUCAGCUCUUGGCAGGCCGAUCUUUUAAAUCCCAUGGACAGAGUGGUUUUGGUCAACUCGGUCUUGGACUCCCUUCUCGUAUAUCUGAUGAGCUCCAUACAGUUACCUCAAGCGACGAUUCAAGCUAUGGACAGCAAAAGAAGAGCCUUCUUAUGGUCUGCAGACAAAAGCGGACACACCUCACCGGGCACCUGCCUCGUUGCCUGGGAAAGUCUGUGCUGCCCUAGAGAAUCUGGGGGACUGGGAAUUCGUGAUCUGGGAACACAAAAUGUUUGCCUUCUAGUCAAGCUGAUCCAUCGCCUUCAAUGCCCUCAGUCGUCUGCUUGGGCACAGUGGGUUCAAGGUAGAGCUUCUGUUACCUCCUUGCAGGGUGACCUUCAUGGGGAUCAUUGGCACACUCUGAGGUCCAUUUUGCCACUUUACCAAGCGAUCACGUCCGUCUCCUUUGGGAAUGGCAAAACCUGCUCCUUCUGGCACGAUGUCUGGACUGGUGAUGAACCCUUAGCCGAUCGGUUCUCUUCUCUGCUGUCUCACUGCACCAACAAAACAGCCACUUUGCAUGAAGUAAAAACCUCUGGUAUCCAGGCCUCAUUGGUCCACAGACUCUCCGAAGCGGCACAACUAGAACUGCAUGGGGUAGAGGACAUUCUGCACAACACUGAGCUACGUGAUGAGCCUGACAAAAGAUGCUCACCGUUCUUACGAGCUGACAACUCCCUAGACAGUGGCCAACUUUACAGGUUGAUCAAGGCCAGAGGACAGGGCAACGAACCAAGAGCAGCCUUCAUCUGGAAGACCUUUGUUCCUCCAAGGGUUCAGUUGUUCAUGUGGCUUUUGACUCAACGGAGGAUUAAGUCUCGCUCGCUCCUGGUAAAGAAGCACAUUGUAGAUUCUGCAACUUGUGAAGUCUGCAACUACGACGACGAAUCUCCGGAGCACAUUAUUCACGGUUGCACAAUCAGCAAGGAGGUUUGGCGCUGUUUAGGCCUGCAGUCCAUAAUCUCCAUGGACAUGAGACAGCUGCACACUGUCUCCAAUUGCACGUCGGCCCCAAUUCCUGAGUUCCCCUCCUUCGUUGCUCUAAUCUGCUGGCACAUCUGGAAAGCCAGAAAUGCAAAAAUCUUCAGCAAUGAGGCACUCUCAGUAGAUCGCAAUGGUUUAUCAGGAGCUAUACCUGGUCAUUUGUCAAAUUUGACGGUGAUGGCAGGAAAUGGUAAGAACGAUGACUAUGGCGUCCAAGAUUGCAUGGUGACCAUUGACCUGUCAUCGAACUACUUAACUGGUGGAAUUCCAGAGGAAAUAACUUCUCUUGAACUUUUGAAGAAUCUAAAUUUGUCAAGGAAUUACUUGAAUGGGAGAAUUCCACAUAAGAUUGGGUUCAUGCAAUCCCUGUCGAACAUAUCAUAUCUGAGCUACUUGAACCUGUCACACAACAAUCUAUCGGGAAGAAUACCCUCAGGAUCACAACUUGACAGCCUCUACCUGGAACAUCCAGAUAUGUAUAGUGGCAACAAUGGUCUUUGCGGGCCUCCUCUUCGAAGGAAUUGCUCGAGGGGUCACGGCUGUGGCAGUCACAGCAGAACUGCACAUAUACCAGAGCCGGUGUUCUUCUACCUUGGGCUCGGAUCAGGAUUUUUUGUUGGUCUAUGGGUGGUAUUUUGCAUCCUGCUUUUCAAGAAAACGUGGAGGAUUGCAUAUUUCCUCUAUUUUGACAAGGUGUGCGACUUGGGCAAUCUUAGCUCGAAAGAUAACUGCACAUUAAGCUUUUUUUUCGCGAUCGUGCCUUCAUGA